AUGAUCAAAUGCCAUGAAGACAGUCUUCUGAGGCUGCAUCAUUUGACUUCCAGCCGGCAGAUGAAUGGUAGCUACGAGCCAACAUACCAGAACGAUAUAACAUGGUACCCAAAAGACUUACAGAGACCGUAUAUAAAACCAGUCGGCUACUUGUACGAGGAUAUGAGGAGGAAAUAUGAUGAAGUCAAAUGUGGGAAAGAGAGUGAAAUACUAAAGGAAUCGGAAGAAGAGAAGGAUGGAAAGAAUGAUGAAAGGAAAAAACCUAGAAGGAAUAGGACCACGUUCACGAGUCAGCAGCUGGCGGCUUUGGAAAAAGUGUUCGAGAAAACACAUUAUCCUGACGCUUUUGUUAGAGAAGAUUUGGCGGCUAGAGUUAACUUAACUGAAGCUAGAGUACAGGUCUGGUUUCAAAAUCGUCGCGCCAAAUUUCGAAGAAACGAACGCUCCGCUCUUUCCAAUCACAAAUCUACAACUAAUCACAGUUCUCCAGAACCCAUUCCUGUUCCAAUAGGAAUUCCCCAUCAAGCAGAAACAAGACAAGAUUUGACAAGGACAAAGGAACCGUGGCUACAUCACUUCCAAGCCAACAAUUUAAAUUUAAAUAUUGGCAUUCCAUUAACGAAUUCCGGUCUUUAUCAAAACGAUUAUUCGUUAAUGAUGCAGAAUAUGGGAACUAGGCAGUAUGUUCCUACCUCCAAUGCUUUGAUGGGACAAAGCGUAGUGAGCUAUGGAAAUGGCGCAGAAAAUUCUUAUGGGUCCUGUGGCAUUAUAAGUGGUUACGGUGGUGCACUACCAGCUGCACAUCACAGUUCAUAUAAUUUGAAUUUAAGAUUAAGGCCACAUGACUUUAGCUUAAAUAAUAUAACUUUAUGA